AUGACCAAAAUCUUCAGAGAGAAUACUACAAUAAGAAGCUGGCUCAUAGUAGAAAAUAACUGGAAGGUUCUAGCUCAAGUAUUGAAAUAUGUGUUUCUUUCUUUAUUAAUCUUUGUUUUGGUGACUCAAAAGGAACCAUUUUGGCCUCGAAUAAUCUUUUUAUCAGCAAAAAUUUUGUUCAUGCAUUUCAUGCCCAGAGGACUUAUGAAACACGACUGGAUAAUCAAUUAUUCAGGAAUUUACAUAUCAUCAGCUAUGUAUAUUCAGAUGACUGAAGCCAACCUCAAGUUAGAGACUUUCAGGCUAUACGAAGCAUACCUGCUACAAAUAAUGGUGGCUUAUACAUUCAGCACAUUUGUAGCGACUAAUUGGAAGGCAUGCUGAAUCAACCAAUGACUGUUGCAUCUCUAUGGUUGCAUCAGACUCAACAAUAAAUUUGGAGCCCUCGGUGAUGUUUACUAUCUUGGCACAAUAUAUGCCUUGGUGUUCUUCAUUUUUGGGUCAUAUUGCUACUCGAUAACUUUGAAGGAUGAGUUCAUUGCUAGCUAUAACAACAAGAAAACUUUAAAAGGACAAAAGGAAAUCCUGAACUGUCUACCUGAAGGAGUUCUCAUUGCUAACAAGCACAAUGAGUAUAAAUAUGUGAACUCUAAAAUUAAACAGACUCUCAAUAUAAAAGGAUUCUGUAGAUCCGAAUCAGUACAAGAUAUUGUAAAUGUUGUUCAAGAUAGCACCAACAAGAGGCUUGACAGUAUUGUGGAAGAUUUUUCAGUUUUCGAUUCACAAUUGAAAAGUAAAGCUCGAGUUUCUUCCAACCAAUCAUUGGCCAACUUGCUUGAAAAAUAUUAUGUUAAGUGCACAAGUUCAAAAUUCGGCCAAGAUGGGAGAAAGCAGUUUAAUCAACAAGACGAAUCUUAUCAAAGUGAUGACCAAAGAAUUCAGGAUUUUGAUGACUACAGAAGAAGAAAUAAAACUCUUGGCUUCUUCUUGCAAGCAGAACGGAAGUCGCUAAUUGAAGGGAUGGAUUGAAGUAAAGAGUCCAAAAUACGAGUAAAAUAUGAGCUUGAUGGACUUGGAGAACAACAUGAACAACAGAAUAGGGAAUUCAUAGUCAAGACAACGACUGUUGAUGGAGCUGGUUCUUCAGGAAAAGAUUCUUCAUAUAUUCAUAUGUUUAUAGACACCACUCAAAUCAGCCAGCUUGAAGAAGCUAAGGCACAGAAUCACUAUCAGCGACAGAUGCUCUCUAAUGUGUCCCAUGAGUUCAGGACCCCUCUGAACUCUAUCAUGGCCUCUCUGGAGCUAAUGAGAACUCAAGAAUAUGGCAAAAAUAACAGAUUUGUGCAGAUUGCUUCAUCCUCUUGAAGUAUCCUCUCAAUGCUGGUGGAAGAUAUUUUGGAUCACGCAAAGAUAGAAUCAGGAGUGUUCCAGAUUAACGAAGAAGCCUUCACCAUGACUCAGUGUAUCCAAGAAAUUCAAGAAGUAUUCACUCUUCAAGCUGAUGGCAAAGGAAUUGAACUAAUAAUAGACAUUCAAGAGAAUUUGAAGGAGCUUCCUAUAUUGUCUGAUAAACAAAGGCUCAAGCAAGUAUUGCUAAAUUUAGCCUCAAAUUCUCUGAAGUUUACAGAUCAUGGAUCAAUCACAAUCAAAAUUUGUGAUAAAGAGAGGGAUAGGGAGGAGGAACCUCUUGAAGAAUCGAAAUUUUAUGAUAAUGAAAGGAACGCUUUUAAUGGAAGCAUGAAUUGAUCAGAAAUGUCUAACAAUUUCUUCUCUAAAAAUGACUGUAAAAAUUACUUCUUCAAAACUAAUAUAUCCCGUUUCCAAGAAUUACAAAGAGAGGAAGAUCCUAUUGAGUUUAAUAGCCAAAUCAUGAUUAGUUUGAGUGUAAUUGAUACUGGCAUCGGAAUUUCCAAAGUUGACCAAAAAUCUCUAUUCAAACUCUUUAGCAAGCUCAGCUCAAACCAUAACAGAAACAAGACAGGAUGUGGGUUAGGCCUUACAAUCUGCAAGAAACUGAUAGAAAAAAUGGGUGGAAAGAUCACUCUAUCGUCAGAAGAAGGUAUCGGUACCACAGUUGAAUGCUAUUUCCCAUGAAAAUGCCCAAAUCCUUCAGUAUAAACUUCCCUUCCAGUCCCCAUUAAGGCUAAUCCCAAUC